AUGCAAAUUUUACUACCAGAAUCUUUUAAUGACACCAUCGAGAUUUGUCGCCCCUUUACGGUUGAAACAUGUCGUACUUAUCUUAGUUCUCCAGAAUCAAUUGAUAAUCCAAGUGUGCUACUUGAGUUAGCUAAGGAGGUUAUUUCCCGAAACCGGCUCAAGCCAAGAUAUGGUUCAUAUGCUGUUAAUAAGAGGGACCAUUUUAACAUGUUUGAGAACGACGUUUUGUUUCUAAAGUUUUACCGUACAAUGAAUAUGAUUUACUCUUCUUGGGACAGUAUAUCGUGCGACACCUUGGUGAUUAAAGAGCUUAUAGGGUCUAUAAUUGAUCCAAAUAAAACGAUAGAAAACCUGUCAACAGAAGAUAUGAUUGAGAACUUUAUUGAGUACUGUUUUAGCGAAGCCUUGUUUUUCAACAUUAAAAAAGAGCUCACAAAAUUGGAAUAUUUGAAGGUGAAAGUUUCUAUGAGUGGUAUAUUUUCUUUUCAGUUGUUCCGUAUGUUGUGUGAGGAAUCCUCUUUGAAGCAAGUUUUCUUGAAUCUUACAGAACGUGAAAAUCCCUUAACCGAUUUUUUUAUGCAACUUCCUCACUGUCUUAAGCUUAGGGAUACUAGUGAUUAUUUUCUAUUUGACCUAGCAUUACGACGACAAUUUCAUAGAUUGCCUCCUUAUGAAUCAAAUAGAUAUGCUCGGGAUGUAUAUAUGUACUAUUCAACGGAUGGUUUUUCCGAUUUCGAGUUUAAUGGUUGGAUUUAA